AAUGUCAAAUUUGACAGUGACGUUUUAAUUACUGAAAUUGAUCCAAAAUCGGAACAAUUUUUUAUUUUAGGUUAUUUAAUGCUAAUGAUUAUUCUUGUUCCUAUCUGAAAAUGCCUCUACCACCAGCAAGUGGAACAGGACGAUAUUUUGCCAAAGCGGCAAAAUCAAUCCGAUUACUUCGACAUGGUUGCACGAAUAGGCCUUUUUUUCACAUCUCUGUAACUCAAAGAAGACGACCGAAUAAACUACCUGUUAUUGAACAGUUGGGCUCAUAUGAUCCAAUGCCUAAUAUGGAUAAUGAAAAACUGGUCGCCCUGAACUUGGAAAGAAUAAAGUAUUGGCUCGGUCAUGGCGCUCACGUCACACCUCCAGUUGCAGAAUUAUUAGGUUUAGCAGGUUUCUUCCCCAUUCACCCCCGAUCAUACAUGACUGCAUGGAGAAAACGAGCAACUGAGAGAGAGAAUCAAGCAAAGGAAGCCGAAAAAGCUGCAGAGAGUAAAGACGCAUAAGCUAAAUCACCCAUAAAUAGUUUUUAUUAGGAAAUAUAAUGUUAAAUGAAUAACUUUC